UUGCAUCGCCGUCGCCCGCCCGCCCCCCUGCUCCGCUGCCUACACAUAAACAAGACGACCGCGGUUGUCGCCUGCCAGAAUUGUGGCCUCUCCUGUCCCCCGAAGCGAUGCGCGCUGCCCGGACGAAUCGACGGGCUGCCAGUCUCCAGUAAUACCUGCGCCUGCGUCUGACAUCGAUGUCUUAAAGGCCGCCAGCCCGCGUGAUAUCUGUGACACGCCCACGCAGCCUCACCGUCCGUUUUUUCUGCAGCCCCCAGGCCAGCUUCCGUUGCUUGCCAAUCUCGCCCGACUCUGCUCUGCGGCCCGCUGCACCCUCUCCGGAGCCAUCCGGACGCCCGCUCUUCCCUGCUUUCCCAUCUACUGGCGAGCCGCCAUGGAGUCCUCACGACAAUAUCAAGUGCCGCACACGCCGCGCGUGAUAUCGCCUUCGCCCACGCCCUCGGAGGCUGGCAGUACAAAAGACGGCUACUUUGGGCCUGUGACACGCUCGGCGGCGCGCAAACAGCGACUUACGUCACCACCACCAAUCGACGAAGACGAGUCCGGCUCGGAUCCUGACACGAGGGCGCGCACCAGAAGCCGGAGCCCGGCUCUCGACAAAGUAGGAGGACGCCGCCGAAUGAGCGGCCUGUCCACCCGCAGGCAGAUGAACGGCUCCAUGAAGAAGGACCUGACGCUGCCGAGCAGCAUGCCCAACGGGCACUUGUCGCCGGCGGCGGCGAACAAGAACUACUGGCGAGAGAUGAGCAGGAGCCCCAGCCCUCUGGGCCUUAUUCCCAUUCACCAAAAGUGGCGAUCGUUUAUUCACCGGCAUGAAAUACCCCGCAAGAUCCUCCACGUUUCCAUUGGAUUCCUCACCAUCUUUCUCUACUGCACGGACACGCAAACGUCGCAGAUCCACAACGUUCUCCUGACGAUGCUGAUUCCCAUUGCCCUGACCGACGUCAUCCGACAUCGCUACUGGCAGGUGAACCGUUUCUACAUCCGCUGCCUCGGCGCCUUGAUGCGCGAAUCUGAGGUGGACGGUUACAACGGAGUCAUUUCAUACCUGCUGGGGGCGUGGAUCGUCCUGCGCUUCUGUCCCAAAGACGUUGGCGUCAUGAGUAUCCUGCUCCUGAGCUGGUGCGACACUGCUGCCUCGACUUUUGGCCGGCUCUGGGGCCAUCUCACGCCCAAGGUCAGGAAGGGCAAGAGCCUCGCGGGAUCCAUUGCGGCGUGCGUGACUGGUGUCAUGACAGCCGCAGUAUGGUGGGGCUGGCUGGGCCCUCUGUACUCGGAGUACAACCAGGGAGAGCAUGCCUUUGCCUUCCAAAACGCCCUCGCACUGCCCUUGCGAGUGCGCGAGACACUCAACUUGUCCCUAGCCCAGGCUUCUGUUACGGGACACGUGGCUCUGGGCGUCAUGUCGCUGGCUGCUGGCGUUAUUGCCAGCGCCAGUGAGGCCAUGGAUGUGUUUGGCUGGGACGACAAUCUGACCAUCCCCGUGCUUUGCGGCGCCGGUCUCUGGGGCUUCAUCAGGGUGUUUGGGUGAGGCGAAUGCGCUCGCCCGUGUACGAUUUGACGACAUACUCUUCUUCUGCACUUGUACUUUGAAUUCACGUCAGCUUGGACGAAACGAUACCCUAGAUGCGGGCCCGCGGGGAAUGGCAUGGGAUGUGUAAUGGCGGAGAGGGCGGGAAUGUAAUGGGAGCAGGCCAGAGGGGUCCGGCCAGCAGUCGUCGCUAUUUUAAUCAAUGUACCUAUGUGAGCAAAAGGCCAUGUGCGCCCAGCCACUGCGCUGCUUUUGUGUCAUGGCGCUAUCAGGCUUAUCGAGUUUCAAGCCGAGGUCCAGAUGGUCGCCUUGAUGGCCUGUCCAGCGCCG